AAUUGGUUUCUAAUUCUAACAGAUUACUAUUCUAGGUUUUUUGAAAUCAUACCUUUGACUAGUCUAACUGAAAGUGUUAUUGUUGAAAAGUUGAAAGAACAAUUUGCGAGAUAUGGAAUACCUGACGUUGUCAGAUCGGAUCAGGGUCCUCAAUUCAGCUCAGGUUUUUCCAAAUUUGCUGCUGAAUACAAUUUUAUUCACACUACUAGCAGUCCUUACUAUGCACAGUCUAACGGCUGUGUAGAAGCAGCAGUAAAGGUCGCAAAAUCUUUGCUGAAGAAAAAUGAGGAUAUAUAUUUGGGUCUAUUGGCCUAUAGAUCAACUCCUUUAGAAUGUGGCUUCAGUCCUUCAGAAUUGCUAAUGUCGCGUAAAUUAAAAACAUUGUUGCCUAUGUUUCCUAGUAAACUUGAGGAAGUGGUUAAUGCUAGAAAAUCUUUCAUUAACACUGAAGAAAAACGUAAAACUCUUCAGGAAAACAAUUAUAACAGAAGACACAAUUCUAAGGAGAUGUCUGAUUUAAAAAUCAGUGAUACGGUGUGGAUUACUGACCUUCGGAAAUAUGGAGUGGUAUCAGAGGUAUGUUCAGAACCUCGUGCUUAUAUUGUUAAAACUAAUGAUGGUACUGUUUAUCGUAGAAAUAGGUGGUUUUUAAUAGCUGCUCCAUAUUAUGUUCCGAACGCCAAUAAUGUUACUCCCCUGCCUAUUGUAAGGGCUAAUUAUUCAGAGAAUCCUAAAGAUUCAUCUUCUGGGGAGAAAAUUGUAGAAAGUGAUAGUGUACAGUGUAGUGACAAACCAAUAUCUAUCAGUGAGAGUGCAGAAGCUUUACCAAGCAGUGUAGCUCCAAGUGCAUCCGAAAACAUUACUCCAAAGAGAAAUAAAAAACGUCCCAACUGGUUUUCAGACUAUAUCACAUAAUGUGUUUUAUUGUAUCAUUUAGUAUUAAGAAUGUUGUUACUUUUAUAAUCUUAAAAAGGAGGAUGUUGUGUUAGGUAUUCCUACAUUAGGCAACACCCCGCACGUUAGUUCCUGGCUGGCUUGGUUGGUAGAGGCCAUGAGGUUAGGAGGAUGACAGACAAGGUUCAUAAAUAGACUCUAUCACGUACUCUAAUAGUACUAAUAGUACUAAUAGUACUCUAUCAAGUACUUGCAUCAUUACUCUACCCGUGUAAACAAGUCUUAAAUCUACUGAAUGAAAAUCUACUUAAUCUUAAUCUACUCUUAAUGAAAAAUCUCUAAAAUCAUUUACCCACCUAGUAUUAUUGUAGAAUUUAAGACAGUCCAGUGCCUUAUAAAUAAUUUCAAUAUGAAUAUUUUUCCCUUUAAUUCGCCUUUGAUACCACUCCAUUUUAGAUUUUGGGGAACUUAUUUCAUUGUGUUUAUAGACCAUAUUUAUUGAAGGAACCCAAUCUGGAGAUUGUUAUUAUCGAUUAAGUCGGCUGGUUUUCCUAUAAGAUUAAAAUGUUAACAUUUUCAAAAAUCGUUACUGUUGUAAUUGUAACUUACCAGAUAUAAAAUGAUUACAGCAGACAGGACAGGAAAAUUUUCAUUUCGCUAGUAAAACCUGUACAUUGUAUUGCAUUUAACCAUUGUUGUCUCUCAGAUACCUUAUUUAGUUCAGUUUAAAAGUGAACUUUAUCUUGACUUUAUCACAAUUACUUUGCAUUUUACACUUCAAAACACAACACCAAUGAAGCAUAUUAUCUUUCUAAAUUAAUACUUCCAGAGAAAAUGUUAAAUUAAUCUUUGUACAACACAAAAUUACAAAGAAAUACAACUAAAAUUAUCUAAAACUUAUUAAGAACAGAUAGAAUAAGAUUUAUCUUUUACACCCAGUAGCCAUAUUGACAUAUUGAUUUAAUUUUGAAAAGGAUUAUAUUUUUUGGUAAAUAUAACUCCGCACGACCACGCAACUCGAAACACAAGUACGCAAACACGGUUGCGUGAAGCGUGGCUCGCAAUCGUGAAAUUUACGAGACUUGCUCGACCUGUAGAUUCUUGUUAGAGAAAUAACAACAAGUUGUUGUUAUUUCUCUAUGUGCCGAGCACCGAUUCUACUUUCCCAAGCGUGUUAACGUGAUACCAAAAUUAGGGAUUCCAAUGAACUGUCAGUGGUGGUCGGUGGAUGGCUAAACUGACAUGCCCAUAGACAUAGUUAAGGGGGGUGGUCAUGGCGUAUCUAAUGUUUACAUUGAAUAUUGACAAAUUUGUAAAGAAUAUCCUGUUUGGUUUUGUUUUUUUGUUAAUUGUGUAGCGAAAUUUGUGAAAUUGUGAUAGCAAAUUAAAUAUGAAGUGGUUUAAUCAUUGGAUACGCCUAUGGAUGACAGUUUCGCCAUCCAGCAGCCAUAUUAUAUCACGUGAUUUGGAAUGCCUAAUGCCCGUAUUCAUAGUCGGUACUCAAGGUUCAUAAAUAGACAGGUUGCAUGGUAACUUUCCACCAAUCAGCGUCGAGAAUCUAAUGGCGGGAGUGACGUCACCCAGAAUCCUGCAUUCAAAUUCAUUCACUUCACUCAUUGAAAUGAACUCGGAAAGUAGGAAUGUAUUGAAAAUGUGUAUAUUUAAAAAAAAUACGUUUGGAUUUCUAAUGACUAUUUAUUUCAUAUAUUCUUUAAAAAAUGUGGUAUAUACCUGUAAAGUUACAAAAAUCAUAGAAUAUAAUUGCAAUUAAAUAUAUAUGCAGUAGAAUAGCAUUACUACUUAAUUAAAGCAGAAGGAGAUUCUUUCUUGUGUAUAUAUGGGACUAAAUCAUUCAAAUAUCCUAGGUAUAUUAAUAAUGGGUUGAAUACAAUUUACUUUUUUAAAUGAUUUUGAGUAGGUAUAUAAUAAUUUUGAAUUUCGGAUAAUGCAUGUAGUACAUUAUUAUAAAUUCCUCCUAACUUGUAAACCAUGGUAAAAAAGAAAUUCAACUAAAGAUUUAUGUAUCAAAAUUAGUAGUUUUCCCUUAAGUUUAACAUAAGAGCAUCUGAUUACGUUAGGUACUGGAUCAUAAUAUCUAAAACCAUCUAAAACUAUUAAAACAUUAUGAUUCCAUUCAAUAGGUACCUAUGAAGUUUUACAUUAACAGUAAAUUAUAAAAAAAUACAAUUUCAGUGCAAUAAAGGGAAUUUUCCCCAUUUUAUAUAUUCAUUUAGUUUAUAAUUGUUUAUUCAAACGAUCUUCAGAUGGCUGCAAUAUUGGUUAUAAUUUUAUAUGAAACAAUUACAUAUAAUAGAUCUAUUAUCUAUAGAAUUAAUUAGAUAUAUUGUUCAAUAAGUCUAAGCAGAUUGUAACCUACACAGAUGAUGUAAACUUAAUGUGAAGAACCGCAAGAUACAUUACAGAAGUGUAAUGUCUCUAUACAAGAAUGAAGAAUGUCCUUUAUUAUACAAUACAGCAGAAAGAAAAUCCAGUAAGUAAGUAGGUACUUAUACAACCACAUUAAAAUGUAUCUUAACACUUGUAAAGGAGUUUUGGGUUUAAGUUAUUAUACUAAAAACACUUAAUGAUAUCUAUAGAUACAUUAAAUCUCAAGAUAUAAACACAAAUUAAAACACUAACGAUAUUUAAUAACAAAAUAUAGCCUCCAAACCAGGUAUCCUAUUAUGUUUACAAACAAUUCGUAAAAUUGAUCGUCUGGGUGACGUCACGAUGACAAUAUUUCAUUUGUCAAUGUCAAAGUUACCAUACAACCUAUGGUAUAGGGACCUUGGAUGACAGAGGGGUAGGGAUGAAUCGAUACCACUCGGCAUUCGAUACCAAGUACUCAGGUCGGUAUCGAAUCAAAGUAUCGAUACCGCAUUCGAUACCGGCUUCUGGUAUCGAUACUUGUGAGUACUCGAUACUCAUAAGUGACGUGACCUUGAUGUGACGUCACAUAACCACAGAAUAUAACUUUUGCACCAAGGUUAAUAGAUUAGGGCGUAGGUUGUCUCAUAACUGUAGACCAAUCAAAGGCUGGCUUUUUAAAGGCGGGAAUACGUCAUCCGUACGACAAUUUUAAAAUUGUCAUAAGAGUCAAUGCUAAUAAAAGGUUCAAAAACUUAGGUUUGGCAAUAUAUUUUGAGAUUUUCUUGGGUAUAGGUAUAUUAAGUGGUUCUUAUAUUGGUAAUUAUAUCAAUUUUUCCCUUAAAAAUCAAUAGUCUGCUAACAAAAAACUAGAAUUCAUUUAACACUUAUUAUGUGUGUUUUAAAUGGAGAAAACAAUUUAAUUAGCACAAAAAUCCAAAAAAAUAGAAGAAAAAGUUUAAAAUCAAAAAUACUAAUAUGUAGGAACUUACUUAUUAUGUUUUUCAUGGAAUGUGCAGCACUUUUAUCAUUUUUGGUGGUAUGAAACAACAAAAGAACGAAUAAUAUAAAUAAUUUAUUAUUAGGUUAAAAUAUAAAAAAGACGUAACAUAAUAUUAACAUAUUCAGACACGAGGACAUGUUUGCUACCUAUUUUCUUAUGUUUAGAGGCCCAUUUAUCUUGUAACAUUUUAUUUUCCAUUAUUGUUUGAUAAUGUUAAGGUAUUUGGGAAAUGUCCAAAAACAUUAUUGUGUUUCCAUCUGGUUCAGGAAUUUUGGAGUUGCUUUUACAUAUAGCUAUGCUACAAAUGUUACCACCACUCAUCUAAAAAAUGUUUUAUUAUUAUAACAUACAAAACUACAUAUUAUUAUGUGUAAUAUUAUAAUUUUUAAACUAACUUUGCACGGUUACGAAAACACACUUCGCAAGUCAUUACUGCCUUUGUAUAGGACCCAAAUAAGUAAUUAUAGUAAUAUUGUCCUUAUAUGCUUAAAAACUCAACAAAUAUUAAACAAAUAAACGAUAUUAUAAGAAAAUUCCACAAAAAUAUACGGAAUUAUAACCUCAAACAACUGUCAAACUUGACUUUGUCGUACGAGUGACGUAGGCAUUCCCCUCCCUCUCGCUUCCGCCCACAUAGUUAUGAGAUAACCUAACCCCUAUCUAUGAACCUUGCUUUUGCACAGUAUAUUCAAUGGUGUGGUAUGACGUCAGAGAACUGACAGCCACAGGCAACCAUAGAGAUAAUAAGAAUGUCUAUGCAGGUGCAGGUUACAGGACAGGGUGUUAUGACAAUGACAUAUGACGCUAUGACGGAAAGAUAAACAAAGGCGACCUCACAGCGCACGUGUUCAACCCACGUGGGGAUUCAGAUGGUCCAUAGAAAGUGCUGAAUCUAGAAAAAUUUUAAACAUCCAUGCUAUUUAAAAUCAACAAUGUAAAUUUUCUUACUAUUGUAACAUUUUAACGGAUUUUUACCCUCAAGGCUGCGUCUCACCAUCAAAUAAUUUGAUCAAACAGUUUGAGCAAACUUGACGUACGAGAGGAAGUACGUCAAAGUGACGUCACAAUUGCAGUUUGUUGAAAUUCUAAAAAUCGGUGUUCUCAAGGCCGCGUCUCACCAUCAAAUAAUUUGAUCAAACAGUUUGAGCAAACUUGACGUACUUGAGGAAGUACGUCAAAGUGACGUCACAAUUGCAGUUUUUUUUGAAAUUUUAAAAAUCUGUGCUCUCACUAUCAGUCUAGUUUGAUCAAAUUUAUUGUAUUGAGUUGUCUAACUUGUUUGUACUUUAUUUAAAAUUAAAAUUUUUCAUUAUUAUCCACAAUGAACACUCAGGAUGUGACGUCACUAACUGUCACUUUCAGUUUGCUCAAACCAGUUUGAUCAAAUUAUUUGAUCGUGGGACGCGGCCUUCACGAUCAGUCUAGUUUGAUCAAAUUUUCUGUAUUAAGAGUUGUCUAACUUGUUUGAACUUAAUCUAAUCCACAAUGAAAAUUGAAAAUGAAAUGAAAAGGCUGGAGUGAGGAGUGCUGAAGGGAGUUGUGACUUUACUUUGUUGUCAAGUACUAAGUAGGGCACCUAUUACCACUGUUCGAGCAUAUCAGGCAGAAAAAAUAGAAAAGAAAGAAUGUAGGCUAGCUGGACUUUUUCCAUGAAAUGAAAGCCCUAAUAAAAACUAAAUUGUGUACAAGAAGACAUUGGGAAAAAUACAUCUAUGAGUGAAAGCAUCAACAGUGCGAACAGAUUAAUUGUUGCUUUACGCUAUGUAGGCACAGGGCUCACAUUAAAAAGGGUAAGCUUUUCCACGACAAUUGCAUAUAAUUUUUCUAAAUUAGCAAUAAAUUUAAUAGCAAAUGGCAGUUUUCACAUUGUCUAGAAGCUAUGGAUGGAAACAUGGUGAACUUUCAACCUCUCAGAAGGGAUACUAUAGAAAUUAUAAAGGAACUGACAGCCAUUACUUUUUGCUGUAUUAUAUUAUGCAGAUGGUCAAUUUCUUAUUGCAGAUAUAAGAAGAAAUGAUCCAAAUAUAUCAGAUUUGAAUUUCAGAUUUUUUAAUAGCUAUUGGUGCAGUUAGCAACAUUCGGCUGUGAAUAAGUUUAAAAUGUAAAUUAUUUUAGUGCGUUUUUAGUUAAACCUUAUUGUAUAUUUGAAGAUUUACAAUUAUUAUUACACUGAUAAUUAAUAUAA